CCGCACUUCCGCUAAUGUCAGUGUGCACAAAGAAGUAAAAAAAGAAUCCUCCUCGACCCUUUCAACGAAUCGUUGAAUUUUUAAUCUCUGAAACGUUGCCCACGCAAUUAAGUUGGGUAAAAAUGAGCUACGACAACGAACUGAACGACCCGACCCUUUGCAGCAGAGAAACGGUGGCAAUUUUGACUGGCCUGGGUGUCGCUAACCUAUCCAACUUUAUCGAAAGAGGAAUAUCCUUGGAAGAUCUUCAAUAUGUCACCGAUGAGGAUUUGAGUGUUCUGGAUCCUGGAGAGAGUUUUAACAAGAACACUUUCAAACAAAUGCAAGAGAGUUUGCAGAAGAGAUUCGCCAACAAACAGUUGAAAAUAGAAUCUGGCGAUUGGGAAAAAAUCCUCAAUAAUGAAUACAAGCAGUUGUGCGUUAUAACAAUCUUCUUGAAAUUUGUACUCUCUGUACUGAAGAAAGAAGAGAAUCAAUAUUUUGAUUGUGAAAAAAAUUUGACAACAUCAGAUGCCCUAAUGAUUGCCACUAACUCUAUUUUAAACGAAGUAACCGAAUUGGACAAAACGAUAGAUGAAAUUAUGGAAAGAACUCAAGGAACACUCGUCGAAGACAAAAAACCAAAUAAAUCUGGCAAAAAGAAAAGAAAGAUGAUCGCUGCAGUCAGCAGUGCAGCCGUUCUAUUGUUAAUAAUUAAACUCAUUUACUGAUCGACUCUUGGGUCCCAGUACUGUGAUAAUCAUAGCCAUAUAAUACAUUUAGAAAAUAUAUUUUUCUACCUUCACCAGA